AUUUAUCUGUUAUACAACAGAAGAAAGUAAUGAGGAGGUCGGUACGUGUGAGGUCUAUAUAUUUUUCAGAAAGAUAAUCCAUGUAGCGAAACAGAUAGAGAAGCGUAAACAGAUAAGGAACAGGCAAGAAGUUAAAACUGUAUAUGAUGUUUGUACAUAUUAUAAAAAGUAUUAUGGAGGGGGCAAAUGAUUUUAUGAGUAACAGUUUUGAUGAGUAGCGUAAAAGCAGUCGAACCAAUAAUUGUCGUGAGGACGCUUCGCUGGAAGGAUGUAUGCAAUUGAAAAAUUCGUGCUGAAGAAAUACAAUUCGUAUGUCAGAUUGAGAUGGCCGACUUGUUGCACAAGUGAUAAAUUGUAUCACAGCGAAAAUGGCGUUUACGGCUACAGGCCGAACCAACGAAAGCACUUCGAAGUGCCAAAAGAACAUCUGGAUGAACGAACGAGACAAAGCAAUUUUUAUAGAUUAGUCAGUGCAUACAGAACUCAUGGACAUAAACAAGCCGACUUAGAUUCUAUUUCAAUCUGCAAGCCACAAUUAUUAUCUGAAUUGCAGCCAAAAAAUUUUGGAUUAAAUUUCCAAGAUAAAGUCCGUUUUCGUGGAAUUUUGUAUACGCAAAAAGAUGAAGGAACGAUAGACGAAGCCAUUCGAUUUUUACACGCUACUUAUAGUGGUACCGUUGGAACUGAAUUUAGUUACCUCGAGACGGAAGAAGAAAGGGAAUGGUUUGCUGAAACUGUAGAAAAAAUUUUAGCCGAGCCAUUGAACAAUGAGACGCGCAAAACAAUAGCCACAGAAAUGCUCAAGAGUCAAGCUUUCGACGACUUUCUGGCAAAAAAAUUUGUCAGUCUAAAGAGAUAUGGAGGAGAAGGAGCCGAGAGUAUGAUGGCUUUCUUUCAUGAGUUUUUUAAACUAUGUGCCUAUGAUAAUUUGGAACACGUGAUUGUUUGCGGUGCACAUCGCGGCCGUCUUAAUCUACUAACGGGAUUACUGAACUUCCCACCGGAGAAAUUAUUUCGUAAAUUACGAGGCUUGUCUGAAUUUUCGGACGCGACGGAUAAAUGUACCGGAGAUGUGAUUAGCCAUCUCGUAAGCUCAACCGACCUUAACAUAGGCAAAACGAAUCUUCAUGUAACCAUGCUUCGAAAUCCAUCGCAUUUGGAAACAGUAAAUCCCGUGUCGAUGGGAAAAACACGAGGAGUCAUGCAGGAGAUUAAAGAAGCCGCAUACGGUGAUAAUAAAGACGCGCAAUGGAGCGAUAAAGUAAUAAAUGUACAAAUACAUGGAGAUGCCGCUUAUCCAGGGCAAGGAGUUAAUCAGGAAUGUUUAGCUUUAAGCAAAACGCCUCAUUUUGAAAUUGGUGGUACAAUUCAUUUAGUAAUUAAUAAUCAAAUAGGUUUUACAACUCCAUCUUCAAGAGGUCGAUCAUCAAGAUAUUGUACAGAUUUAGCAAAGAUGAUAUCUGCACCUGUCAUUCAUGUAAAUGGUGACGAUCCUGAGAUGGUUGUACGGGCUACAAAAAUAGCUUUUAAAUAUCAAAGGCAAUUCAGAAAGAAUGUAUUUAUUGAUCUAAAUUGUUUCAGAAGAUGGGGUCACAAUGAAUUAGAUGAUCCUACAUUUACUAAUCCUCUUAUGUAUAAAAUUAUACAAAAUCGACCCAUCACGUAUAUUGAUAUUCAUCCACAUUUAUUGAAAAAUCAUGUUCAAAAUCGUCUAAAAAGAAUUGAAAAUGGUAAUGCUUUGGAUUGGUCGGCCGCUGAAGCAUUAGCUAUCGGUUCUUUAUUAUAUCAAGGAUAUAAUGUGAGACUAAGCGGACAGGAUGUGGGCCGUGGCACUUUUUCACACAGGCAUGCAAUGCUCGUUGAUCAGUCGACAGAAGCUAUUUUCAUUCCACUGAAUUCGAUGAUUAGUGGUCAAACUGGAAAAUUAGAAAUAGCCAACAGCAUUCUAUCGGAAGAAGCAGUGUUAGGUUUCGAAUAUGGUCUAAGUAUAGCAUCACCAUUUACAUUACCUAUUUGGGAAGCUCAAUUUGGAGACUUCUUCAAUGGGGCACAAAUCAUUAUUGAUACAUAUGUAACGAGUGGAGAAGCAAAGUGGAUGCUAAGUAGUGGUCUAACAAUGCUUUUACCACACGGAUAUGAUGGGGCAGGUCCGGAACAUAGUUCGUGUAGACUCGAAAGAUUCUUACAAUUAACUGACAGUAAAGAGAAUAGUGUUGAUGGUGAUGAUGUUAACAUGCAUAUUGCAAAUCCUAGUGAACCAGCACAGUAUUUUCAUUUAUUAAGAAGACAGAUGAUAAGGGAUUAUCGAAAACCUUUGAUCAUAAUAGGGCCUAAGAUUUUAUUGCGUCAUCCAGCAGCAGUGUCGCCCUUGUCGGAUUUUGAACCUCAGACAGGUUUCAAAGCUGUUAUCGGUGAUAAUAAAGUAGAAAAAUCCGACGUAACUAAAAUCAUUUUAGUUAGUGGAAAACAUUAUUACGCACUUAAUGAGUAUCGAGAAACUUCUGGAAAUAAGAAUGUAGCUAUCAUAAGAGUAGAAAGUUUAUGUCCAUUUCCUAUCCAGGAAUUACUAGAAGAAAUUGUAAAAUAUGAACAUGCGAAAACUUUUAUUUGGAGUCAAGAAGAGCCACAAAAUAUGGGUGCAUGGAGUUUUAUUAAACCACGUUUUGAGAAUUUGUGUGGACGACGAUUAAAAUAUUGCGGUCGAGAAUCGAUAGCAGCGCCAGCCGUUGGAGAUGGUCAAAUGCAUCAGCAAGAAGCUAAUGAAGUUAUCAUUAAGCCAUUUAUGUUGAAAUAAAAACCAAAAGAUUAAUAAAUUAAUUAACC